AUGGUCCAGAUCAGCGAGGUGAAGGGCAAUUCGCGCGAGAACCGGACGGCAGCCCAUACGCACAUUAGGGGUCUUGGUUUGCGUUUGGAUGGAACACCAGAACAAUCUGGUGAUGGAUUCAUUGGACAGGCCGCUGCUCGUGAGGCAUGUGGUGUCGUGGUAGACUUGAUCAAAGCGAAGAAGAUGGCUGGUCGGGCUGUUCUUCUUGCAGGUGGACCUGGAACUGGAAAGACAGCGCUUGCUCUCGCCGUGUCGCAGGAGCUGGGGACCAAGGUUCCGUUUUGUCCGAUCGUGGGCAGUGAGAUCUAUUCUGCUGAAGUCAAGAAGACUGAAGCGCUUAUGGAAAACUUCCGGAGGGCGAUUGGUCUGCGAGUGCGCGAAACCAAAGAAGUAUACGAAGGCGAAGUCACAGAACUCACACCCGAGGAAACCGAAAACCCGUUGGGAGGAUAUGGGCGGACCAUAAGUCAUUUGAUCAUUGGAUUGAAGUCGGCCAAGGGCACCAAGAAACUGCGUCUCGACCCUAGUAUCUACGAAGCGAUCCAGAAGGAGCGAGUUACCGUUGGAGACGUUAUCUACAUCGAAGCCAACACCGGAGCUUGCAAGCGAGUUGGGCGAUCGGAUGCCUAUGCGACCGAAUUCGACCUUGAGGCGGAGGAAUACGUGCCAGUCCCGAAGGGAGAAGUUCACAAGAAGAAGGAAAUUGUCCAGGAUGUGACGCUACAUGACUUGGACAUGGCCAACGCUCGGCCACAAGGUGGACAGGACGUUAUGAGUAUGAUGGGACAGCUUAUGAAGCCGAAGAAGACGGAGAUCACGGACAAGCUGCGCCAGGAGAUCAACAAGGUGGUCAACCGCUACAUCGACCAGGGUGUCGCUGAGCUUGUUCCUGGCGUUCUGUUCAUUGAUGAGGUCCACAUGCUUGACAUUGAAUGCUUCACUUACCUGAACCGGGCCCUCGAAUCCUCCAUCUCCCCCAUCGUUAUCCUCGCUUCGAACCGUGGAAAUACCGUCAUCCGUGGCACCGACGACAUUACCGCGGCACACGGCAUUCCUCCCGACCUCCUUGCCCGACUCCUCAUCAUCCCCACUCAGCCUUACGCUCCCGAAGAGAUCAAGACCAUUGUCCGGUUGCGUGCAAAGACCGAAGGCCUCAACAUCACCGAUCCCGCGCUGGAGAAGGUUGCAGAGCAUGGCAGCAAGAUCAGCAUGCGGUAUGCUCUGCAAUUGCUGACACCGGCUAGUAUCCUUGCACGGGUAAACGGUCGGCCAGGAGGUAUCGAGGAGGCCGACGUGGCAGAGUGCGAGGAUCUGUUCCUCGAUGCCAAGCGGAGUGCUUCGAUUGUGAACAAGGACAGUGGGAAUUUCCUGUGA